AUGUGCCGCCGUGAUGUGGAUGUUGACAGAGCUAUGAACCAGGUCAAUGAUGGCUGGCAUAUAGGAUUUCGCAUCUCCUCCACUCCGCGUUCUUCCUUCUCCCAUCCUCUCGUUCUCUCGUUCUCGAUCUCGUUCUCGCCACUCGCUACUCGUCAAUCACCAGUCCAUAUCAAUCGUUUAUAUCCAACUGUUAUCGCCAUGGAACCCAACCCAUCACCCACCCUCCCCAGUCUGCGUCGAAGCCUGAACAUGGUCGAAAUUAGCAACACUCCUAUCCCAGCGAUCUUUCGAGCAUCACCACCACCAGACACCACAAUCGCAGAGUUCUUCUCUUCUCUGGCUCAAAGGUCACCGCCGCUGCUAUCCGCCUCACCAACUACAACACCCCCUUCUUCAAGCCCUCCAACUCCGAAUAUACCCAAAAGCUGCAAGUCUGUCAAACUUCUCAUCAAGCCCAUCGAUGCCGAUCUCCCCAGUGACACUGAAAUCAGUCCUCUCGACCUUGGUCCUGUCUGCUCUCGGGAUGUCCGAAGCGCAUGCCCUAGCCCAAGUCCAACACUAGGCAGGAAUCCAGGUCUCGCAUUUCAUGACGGACUAUCAGAUGAGGAGGCUGUCACAUAUAACAGGCGAGCCGUGGCCGAGAAGAAUUGGCAUGCUCGGGGCCAGCGCAGGAGGGAAACACGCGACACCAAUUCAUCCAUCGAGUCGUUUUUCCCGGAAGCAGGGAUAAGCGGCUCUGAGGAUCUGAGCGUUGAGCGCAUUGGACGGGAUCUGGAACUGAAGGCGAAGGAUCGGAGGAAGAGUUGGAGGGUUUCGAAUUAUUUUUCUCCGGCGAAGAGAAAUUCUAAGGGAGCGUGGCAUCGGUAG